AUGGAUGAUUUAAGUUUCAGAUUUGAAUAUUGUAAAUCCAAUAGAGGGUGUUGCUCUUCAUGUAAAACUAUGCUAGCUGAAGGUAAGUUGAAAGUUGGGAUGGAGGUUGUUUCUUCGAGACAUGAUGGAUUUGAUAUUGAAUGGUAUCAUUUAGAGUGUGUACCUGCUCAGUUUAAAACAAUAAAACUAUCAUCAACUAAGGGAUGGGAUGUGUUAAGAUGGAAAGACAUUCAAAGAAUAAGACAAUCCUGUAUUGAUGACCUUAAGUUUAAAGAUGGAGAAGAAGAACAACUUAAAGAACUUAAUACAAAGUAUUGGGAAUCUAAAAAAAAAUUACAAAAUGUGAAGCUAAGAGUUCAAAAAGAGUUAUUAAAAGAGAAUCACAUUAACAUAGAUACCAAAGCUGAUAGUCAGACUAUUUUAAAUGACUGUACAGAAAUUCUUACUUUUGGGAUUUUUGGAGCUUGUCCACAAUGUCAUCAGAAAACUUUAAAAAGUAGUCUGAUUAGAGUUGUAUGCCAUGGUAACAUCAAUGAUUUUACUAAAUGUACUUAUGUAUCAAGUGACAUGAAAACCGUACCAAGAUAUAGAGUUGAGGUUAGUGAAAAAUUAAAGAAUGCUGAUAAAAGUAACGUGUUAAAAAACUGGGAAUUUCCUGAUAAUUAUCCUAGUGAAACUAUUCCACAAGAAGAUAUAAAUGAAAACCAAAAAGAAGAAGGGUUUGAUGAAGAGGAUGAACUUCCAGAGAAAAUGGAGUUAUAUGGAAUGUAUAUUUACAUACAAGGAAAUAAAACCCAUUUAAAUAAAAGUAUAAAAGAUAUUCAAAAGAUUAUUAAAGAGCAUAGUGGUAAUGUGUGCAAAAGUAUUGUUGAAGCUUCUGUUUGUUUAUCAAGCAAUCAAGAUAUAGAAGAAGCCAAAACCAGUGGAAUUAGAGAUGCAAAAGAGAUGUUAACUUGUCUUGAUAUUUCAUGGUUAAAUGAAAUCAUUAGUCAUAAAAAAGAUUUUAUGACAUUAAGAAGUAAAAAAGGAGUUGAAAAAUAUUUAUGCGAAGGAACAAGUUAUAAGACACCUAUUGUCAAAGAGAAGUAUUACAAACCUAAAGAAGUAAAACGAGAAACAUUUAAACCAGUAGACGAUUCUGAUGCUAUGAAAGUUACACAAGAGAAUUGGUUAGGAAUAGGGACUAGCGUAUAUGUUGUUGAUGACCCAAUAUUUGGAUGGACUGUGUAUAAUGUGAUGCUAACAAAAACUGAUUUAAGUACAGGAAUAAAUUCUAUAUAUCACAUGCAAAUAGUUAGAAAUAAAAAAAAAUUUAAAAUGAUGUUUGAAUGGGGAAGAAUUGGUGACAAAUUAAAAAGAACAUAUAGAGAAAGUAAAAAGCCUAAAGAAUUAAUUAAAGAAUGGGAAGAAAAGUUUUUUCAAAUGACUGGAACUGAAUGGAAUAGAAGACAUGAAUAUAAAAAAGUUCAUGACAAAUAUUUUUGGCAAGCAUUUGAUACAGGCAAAGAUGCUUAUAUGGCUAGACAUACAAUGACUGAAGAAGAAAAACAAAGAUUAAAAAAGAAAGCUGAUAUUAUUCUUUCAAAAACAAAAGAACACCAAAUUGAUAAUAAAGUGAGUGAUUUAAUUCAAAUGAUAUUUGAUAAAGAUAUGAUGAUUAAUGACCUUAAAAAUUCAGGGAUAAAUAUUCAUGAACUUCCUAUUGAAAAAAUAAAUAUAAGUCAAAUGAAAGAAGCAUUAAGAUUAUUAAAUGAAUUAUCUAAUGUUAUUUCUUCAGAGAAAGAAGAAAACAUAUCUGAAAAUGAGUUUAAUAAGAACAAACAAAUAUCAAUUAGAGAUUUAACUACAAGGUAUUAUUAUAUGAUUCCUCAUAUUUUUGAUCGUGGAAAUAUUAUAUUAAUUGACAAUGCUGAAAAAGUGAAAAAAGAAAUUGAACUAGUUGAAACAAUGUGUGAUAUUGCAGAAGCAAUUCAAUUAAUGAGUGAUGAUGAAUUACUUGGAUUUGAUGAAGAAACAGAAUUAUUCUCACAUUAUGAUAGUUUACAAACAAAAAUUAUUGCUUUAGAUAAGAACUCAGAGAGGUAUAAAUUAAUAAAUGAAAUGUUUAAUAACAACCAAGAAAUAUCAGAUUGGCGUUCACCAAAGUCUGUUGAAGAGAUCUUUGAGAUAGAUAGAAAUGGAGAAAAAGAACGAUUUGAACCAUAUGUGAAUGACAUAAACAAACAACUAUUAUAUCAUGGAAGUAGAUUAGCAAAUUUUGUUAGUAUUUUAUCAACAGGAUUAAAAAUUGCACCACCAGAAGCUCCAAGUAAUGGGUAUAGAUUUGGUAAGGGUAUUUAUUUUGCUAAUUGUGCAAGUAAAUCACUAAGUUAUUGCACUACUAAUGACGAAGGUAAAGGGUGUAUUUUAUUAUGUGAAGUUGCUCUUGGAAGACAAUGGGAAACUCAAGAAGAUAAGUACAUGGAAAAACCACAACCAGGAACAGACUCUACUUAUUUUGUUGGACAAAUAGAACCAGAUUCAAAAGAAACUAUUAAACUAGAAAAUGAAGUAAAAGUUGCAAAAGGAAAAUUAAAACCAAAAGUAAGUUCAACAUUUGGAUCACAUUCUGAGUUAAUAGUUUAUAAUGAAGCAAGAGUACGGAUCAAGGUUUCUAUUAUUAGAUUUAUAAAAACUAAAAAAGACAUUAUUGUUAUUAUUCUUAUGCUAAAUCAAGUUUUUCUUUUUAUUUCUUGUUGUUUAGUUGGACAUUGUCUUGCACAAACUAAAUAUAUUUGUCAGGUUAAACAAAAUGAUCUUGUUAAUAUGUUUUUUGAAGCAGAGGAUGAAAGUUGUUACUAUAAAAAAGAAGGGAAUAAAAUGUAUUAUAUUCAACUUAUGAAAAACGAUAAAGGAGAAAUGAAAGCGUAUCAAAUUGAACAAACGAAUUCAAAUUAUUGUACUGAUAUUAUUAAUAGUGAUGAAUAUUUAUUAGACCCUUUUAUUCAAUGUGAAAAAUCAGGAUCAAUUCCUAAUUAUGAUGUAAAGGAUUUUAUUAGUGUUGAUGACUCUUGUUCAGAUGCUUCUCCAGUUUAUUUGACAUUUUAUUAUUUAGUCAAUAUAUUAAUAAAUGGUAAAAUAUACAAAAAGACUUCUAAUCAAUUUGUAAAAAUUUUUAUUGAUUCUAAUGGAAUUGCUUCAGAAAUAGAAUCUUUUGAAUUUAAAUGUUAUUCAGAUAUUGAAAGUAGGUAUUAUCAUAGUGUUUCAAAUAAAGAAAAUGUAGAAGAAUAUUAUUAUAUCAUUGCUAAGUCAAAAACAAAUGAAAUUCAAAGAGUUGGGCAUUCUACUAAUGGAGUGUGUUAUCAACAAGGAGAUAAAUAUAUUAAUUUUGAAAGUUCAUAUUCAUUAGAAGAUGGAAAAUUUAAAGAUAUUGUGAGUCAAUGUGAACAUAGUGUAAGUGAUUGUAGUGAUUCUUGUUCAAAUAGAAUUGAUUAUGAAAGAACGAACCCAAACACUUAUCAAUCACCAGAAACAAAAAUUAUUUAUCAAUCAAGUUCUAAAAGUGAAAGUGGUAAAAUAGUAGAAUAUAUUUAUGAAAAUGUAUGUGCUGACUCUACAAUAUAUAGAACUGAAGUUAGUGGAUUAACUAAAAUAACAUUUACUGAUUCAUUGUGUAAUUCUGAAAGAACAAUGACUGUUUAUAGUAAAUGUUAUUCUACAAUGGGAGAUAAUUAUAUUGUUUGUUCACCAAAUUGGGCUUAUGUUGGAGAUGAAUCUAAGUAUACAGCAUAUUCAAUAAAUAAAUGUAGUUUAAUCAAUAACAACCUUUAUGGAAAGGUUGUUUCUGAAUCAAAUAAAUGGUAUCUUAAAACUGGUCCUACAAUUUCUUCAUGUGAAGUAUCUUCUUCUGAAGUAAAAGUAUUACCUAACAAACCAUUGAGUGAUGUUAUUUCUACAGAGAUAUUAUGUAUUUCUAAAGAAUUAUGUAAUAAAGAUAGUGAUGGAUUAAAAACAUAUUAUACUAGUACAAUUGAUGAGUCUACUAAAUACUCUAUUGAAAAUGGAUAUUUAGUUAACAACGACCAUAGUUUAUCUUAUCAAUGCCAUUCUAUUAUUACUAAAGAAUCAACAGUAUUUUAUAUACAGUGUGAUGAAAAAGAUUCAUUUGUUCACUUCUAUUAUUUAGAAAACGUUUUGUCUUAUAUUGAGUACACAGCUGGUACUUGUUAUAAAACAUCUACUAUGACAUCAGUUCAAAUAAUUAAAAAAGUUGAAGGGGCAGUAAAACAAGUGAGUUAUACUCUUCAUGAAUUUGGAAAUACAAGAUGUCAAUCUAUUCCAAUAUUUAAUAGUUCAUUAGAGGUUAAUCAAAUUAAUACUCAACAACCAAAAGGUAAUGUAAAAGCAAUUUCAUUUGAUGUAGAACAAGACCAAUCAAGUUGUGUUAGUAGUUAUGAACCUGAGGUAUAUACACAAUAUAUAGUAGGAGAAUGUAUUGAAAAACAAAAAUACUCUAAAGAAAAUAACAAAUUAGUAUUAAAGAAAUAUUCAGAUAAUGAAUGUGAAAUUGAAUUAUCUACACUUUCUUCAAAAGACUGUAAUAAAUGUUCAAAAGGAGAAACAAACAUUUAUGUUAAUUGUUGUGUAGAUGCUUUCCCAGACGAUUGUCCAAAUGAAUCAAAUUCAACUAAAUAUAAAGGAAUUAUUAUAAUACCUUUUAUUUUACUUCUAUUAAUGAUUUAA